AUGGGUCACUUAAGUGAGAUACCGAAACGGUUCGAAAUAAAAGGUGGAAAUGCCGCCGAAGCUGAAUUCAAAAAAUACUUAAAUGACAUAAGCGACUUGGCAAAAAAGGCAAAUGUAACAGUAAAGUACAAAGUAAAAGUUGAGGUAUCAAAACCACAGAAGAAGCGUUUUCCAAGAAAAGAAUGGACCAGCAAAGCGAAGUCCAAGAAAUACAACGUUCCUUUGAAGAAAAAGAACAUAAAACUAUCAAACCUCGAAAUUAUGUUAAGGAAACACUUGGAGACGAUAGCAUCGAAAGUCUCGAAUGACGAAGACCACGUUCAAGCUACAACGGAAAAAAAUAGACAAGUGUUUACUACUAAACAAAAUUGGUAUGGUAAAUACAAGCCACUAAUAAGUCAUGUCCGGACAAAUUAUACAAAAAUUAUCAAGCCAGUGCGAAAAAAAGUAAUCACAUUAACAGUUUAG